GUUUUUGCUUCCGGUUCGGACCCUAGACCUGAGAAAAACCCCGUGCUUUUUCGCCGCCGCUGAGGCCGCUCGCUCGCUCGCUCGCCGGGGGAGAGAAACAGAAUGGUGUGGUUCCAGUGCGAGGACUGUGGCGAGAAUCUGAAGAAGCCCAAGCUCCCCAAUCAUUUCCGCAUCUGCUCCGCCUUCAAGCUGUCCUGCAUCGAUUGUGGGGAGACGUUCAGCCAGCAGAGCGUUCAGAGCCACAAUCAGUGCAUUUCCGAAGCGGAAAAAUAUGGUCCAAAAGAUCAAGGGAAAGCUUCGUGCAAUCCACAAACAAAACCCGACAAGCCUAAGCAAAAUGCAGAUGUGGAUGUAAAUGUUGGUUUAUCUUCUCGUGCUCCUUGGUAUUGUAGUCUCUGCAACACAACCACUACUAGCAAGCAAACUUUGCUGCUCCACGCUGAUGGCAAGAAGCAUAGAGCAAAAGCACGAGCUUACCAUGCUGCUCAGAAUCAAUCUAGUCAAGCAGUAGAACCAAGUUCAAAUGAGAAGGGGAGUGUUGGUGAGACACCAAUGGUUGACUCUGUUGGAGCAAAUGGUUUUAAGAAGGCAGACAAAUCUAAAGAAGGAGAUACACUGAAAGACACUGGGGCAUUGGCCACAGGAGGGGAAAAGGAAAGUAUGACUGGAAAAAAGAGAAAGGUUGAUGCAUUUGGCUGGGGACUAUCUAAAACUACGGAGGAUAAGAAUUUAUGUAACUUAAGCAAUGGAGAAGUGCUACAAAAAGAACAGGAAGAUGGACCAUGCUAUCAACCAAAGAAAAAGAAGCACGUUGAUGCACCAUCCAAUCACAAAGGACCUGAAGAUAAACACAGUAAGCUAGCUUCCAAGCAUAAAAUCAAGUGGAAGAAACUCGUUACUUCAACCUUAAAGUUGAAUCCAGAUGGAAUUAUGAAGAUAAGAAAGUUACAAAAGCUUGUUUUUAAGGCGCUUCAGGAGUCUGGCAUAAAUGAAGAUGAGACACAACUCCGAGACACUUUGAUGGACAAGAUAAAUUCAAGCUCCCGGUUCGUGAUUGAAGACAAGCACAUCCGAUUGGUUGCAAAGGCUGAGGCCGCCUGAUUUUCAUGCACUGCAGAGAAAAAGCAUUGGGGAUUUUGGCAUUCCAUUCUGAUGGAGCCUUUUUACUUACAAACUCAAGCUUUUUGUUGCAUCGGCAGGAUUCUUAUAAAUUAGAACAGCUUUAAAAACUCAAGUGGGGGCAAGCAGUGCAUAUUGGGAGGGUAAGAAGGCUGUUUUGUGUAACUUAAGCCAACAUGGAUGGUCGGCUGCAUCUUUCGUCUAAUUUUUGCUUCACAGGCUGAUUACACUCAAAAGGCAACAUUGACUUCUUGAUUAUCAUUUAUCAGUGAGAAAGAUUUUUGAUUUUUGAUUUAUUUAUUUAUUUAUAAAAUGCAUUUGAAUUGGCACUCUCCAGGAUUUAUUAGCAUGUGGCUUGUGGCGAGUACCCCUGAUGUAGUUGCUAAUGCAACAUUUUGAGGCUUACUGAAGUCAAAAUUAUGCUGCGGCACAUAAAGUUAAUGUGGGAUGUGUUUUUACUGUUUUGACA